AUGGGUUGCUGCUGGGGUAACCGAAAGAAGCAGGUCGUGGGACUUGCUGAUCAAAAAUGGGAGUACAUCAAUCUUUGCGAUUUCAAAAGCAGAGGAUGUGGCACUGUCCUAGCUUAUAUCUAUCUCUGGCUCAUGCUUCUUGUUUCAGUUGCUGUCUACGUCGUCGACAGCUUCACUGCUGUCAAUCUGCUUGUCUUUGAUAAAUGGUCUUCAAAGAUUGAUCCUGCCAUCUCCUUCGACGUGACGAAAUGGAUCUUCUCUAUUUGCAUCAUCCUCUCAUUUAUCAACUUAGCUUAUGAGGGCAUCCGUGCCUUUCGAGUUAUCAGACGGGGUAAUGUUGCGGAAUCCUAUCUUGAUAGCUUGGCCGUUCGAUGGGAAUCAGUUCGCCUUGGUUCUCAAGGUUGGAAAAGGUUCCUCGUUUUUGCAGAGCUUACCAAAAGCAAAGAGGGCGCACAAUACAUUGCCCUCUUCACGUACUUUAAUUUCCAAGCUUGGAUCCGUGUAAUUGUCUGCUCUGGACCCCGUCAAGUUCUCAACGCCUUUACUCUCAAGUCAGUUUAUGAGGCCAAACUCACCCCUACUGCCGAUAAUGUUGGCGAGUCUAUCGCCGGUUUCUUCGAAAACAUCAAGAUCCUCGCCGAGGAAGAUUAUCAACAAGCCCUGGUUCUUUCCGGCAUGUGCUUUACUUGCGUAAUUUGGAUCUUCUCCGCCCUUUUCCUUCUGGCUGCUGUCCUUUUCUGGCUCCUCUUUCUUGUCCAUUGGAUUCCUGCUGCCGAUGGUGGUCUUUCUGGAUACUGCGAGCGAAAGGUCACCAAAGCCUUGAUGAAGAUUGUCACCAAGACAGUCAACAAAGCGUUGGCCAGAGAAGAAACCAACCGAAUGAGAGCCGAAGUAAAGGCCGCCAAAAAGAAUGGCGAGAAGCUUAACCCUGAACGAAUGGCGACUCUACCAACCUUGCCGAAUGUCGGCCUAGUUAGCAAGAUGGACCAACCGCCAAUGCUCAACCGCAACGACACUAUGAUGACACUGCCACCUUAUACAUCACGACCAGGAACCCCAGGCGGUAUGGAAAACGGCCCACCCGCACCAGAACCGCCCGUGCCAUCGAGACGAGGAACUACGGCAUCCGUCGCCAGCUACGCUUCUCGGGUGACAGCUAAAUCUGGAGGAGGCUAUGGCCGAAUUGCAUCUCCAGUGCCUGAAGUACCUCCAAUGAGCUACGAACAACAUCUUCAGUCUCGAUCUGCCACAGACCCGCACGGAAACUAUGGUCACUAUCCAGCAAACCAAACAAUGAUGAAUCCAAUGUCAUCCCUGCCAGGACGUUACACAGAAAGCCCUGCUCCUAUGUAUCCCAAUACUGGCUCGUUCUUUGCCCCUCCAUCCCGUGCGCCCAGUACUCGUCCAAUGGACACUUACUCACAAAACGUGAACACAUACGCGCCGACAGAAGUAUCUUAUUCGGGGUCGAGAGAAUACCAGGCUUUUAACCCACCUGGUCGUACGAAUACAGCAUCAUCUGUAAACUCUUACCAAAGCAGAGCCCCAAUGCAACGACCGUUCCCUAUUCCGGUACGCAGUGCUACAGGUCCAAUGCCUUCUCGGGAACCUCCCCCAAGGAGCCUGACCGGCUCGAUACCACCGCGAGCUGCAACUGCAAGGCCAGAAAGGGCUUCUCCCUACAACUAUGAUGUAGAGUCGCAACAGGGGAGGAAUCGUUGGUAA